AUGGCUAAGGCUGCCGCUGGAAAGAAGGCUUCGCCUGUGAAGAAGGUCAAGAAGGGAGGAAAGGCCAAGGACCCAAAUGCCCCAAAGCGCGCUAUGUCCGCCUUCUUCUUCUGGAUGCAGGAGAACCGUGAGCGCAUCAAGAAGCCAGGAAUGGGAGUCGCUGAUGUCGCCAAAGCCGCUGGAGUCGAGUGGGGAAAGCUCACAGACAAAUCGAGAUGGGAGAAGAAGGCUGCCGACGACAAGAAGAGAUACGAAAGCGAGAUCGCCACCUAUAAGAAGAACCAUUAG